UUUAUGUGUUCUAUCGCCGCCGCCCAACUCUCGUUCUCUUCCCUCUGUAUUUUUUAUUUUUCUCCGGUUCCUUGCCUUUCCCAUUUCCCAGCCAAAGAACGGAAUGGAAAGGAACCGGCCGUUUUGAGGAAAGCGGUUUACGCGUCCGAGAAUCACUUUUAUAAGCGAGCAUCGUGCUCGUUAGAUCCGAUCAAAGCCAACGCCCUCGACCUCGAUCUCAGUGCUGGACCUACCCUACCUUAGGGGAUAGCGGAGGCUACGGAGAUCGGGGGAGAUGGCAACUGAGGCAGAGAGGGAAAAGGGCAGAAAGUGGGAGAUGGUGAAGGAGACCGGCUACUACGAUGUACUGGGGGUCAGCCCGACCGCGACGGAGGCCGAGAUCAAGAAAGCCUACUACAUCAAGGCGAAACAGGUCCAUCCAGAUAAAAACCCAAAUGAUCCACAAGCUGCACAAAAUUUUCAGGUUCUUGGAGAGGCUUACCAGGUUCUCAGUGAUCCAACACAGCGCCAGGCUUAUGAUGCAUUUGGGAAAUCAGGCAUUUCAACAGAAGCAAUCAUCGAUCCUGCGGCAAUAUUUGCAAUGCUUUUUGGCAGUGAGCUUUUUGAGGAUUACAUUGGCCAACUUGCAAUGGCGUCAAUGGCGUCACUUGAUGUUGUAGGUGAAGGCGAGCAAAUUGAUGCCAAAAAGCUGCAAGAGAAAAUGAGGGUUGUUCAAAAAGAAAGAGAGGAAAAACUUGCAGUGAUAUUGAAAGACCGACUGCACCUGUAUGUUCAAGGCAACAAAGAUGAGUUUAUUAGUCAAGCUGAAGCUGAGGUUUCAAGGCUUUCCAAUGCAGCAUAUGGAGUGGAUAUGCUGAAUACCAUAGGCUACAUAUAUUCAAGGCAGGCUGCAAAAGAACUUGGAAAAAAAGCUAUAUAUCUGGGUGUGCCAUUCAUUGCUGAAUGGUUCAGAACCAAGGGACAUUUUAUCAAGUCCCAAGUAACAGCUGCAACAGGUGCCAUCGCUCUAAUGCAGCUGCAGGAGGACCUGAAAAAGCAGCUCAGUAGCGAGGGCAACUAUACGGAAGAAGAACUCGAAGAGUACUUGCAGACGCACAAAAAGAUGAUGAUUGAUUCCUUAUGGAAACUUAAUGUUGCUGAUAUUGAAGCCACCCUAUCCCGUGUCUGUCAGAUGGUUCUUCAAGACAAUACUGUUAGGAGAGAGGAACUUCGUGCACGAGCUAAAGGGUUGAAAGUACUUGGGAAAAUAUUCCAGAGGGUUAAGACCAACACGAGCGAGAGCGAAGCAGCAAGCAUAAAUAACUUGGAGGACAAUGAACGGGAUGGUAGUUCUCCUGAUACAUCACCAAAGUCCCCUAAUGAACAGCCAUCUUUUGCAAGUCCUCCUGGUACACAGAGCCCAUAUGUGGAGGCCCCUCAGUUUGGAGGUUCUAACUAUGGAUUCAACUUCCCGAUACCUACUGCUCCACCUGGCGCGCAGAGGCAUCUUUGAUCAGCAGUAUAGGCGAUGCAGCACGCUUUUUCACCGUGUAUUAUAUACUGCUGGUGGUGGGGCUCAUGUUUUGGUGCUUUGGUUUGUUUAGUAGAAUAUGGUAUUGCAUUCCCCCACCAAUUCUUCAUCAGUAUUUAUUUCCUUUAGAGCAGAGGAGUUUGUUUCAACAUGCAUAACAUGGUUGUUUUUCUGUGGGUGGGUUAAGUUGUGCAUCCCCAUGUAGUUAGCCAGCGGCACCGACUGGUAUGUACAUCAGAGCUUCCUGCUAUGUGGUUUCAUAUUUAUUUGUGGUGCUAUAGUGAAAAAAAAACAUGCUUUGUAUAUAAGUUUGGAUUAUUCUCAUUUUAGCAGCUUCCUGUUGGAACUUU